CAAUCAGCUGGGCAGAUAAAUUAUAUUUAGUAGUCAAAUAAGCUUGAAAUAUUUGGCUUUACAAUUAAAAUUAAUCACAAGAUGUAUACAGAGUGGAAUUCACAGCAAUAACAGUUCAAGAAUUAUCACAAAUCCUACUAUAAGUUCGCAGAGAAACAUGGUUUUUCCUAAGGUAGCUACUGAAGCACUCUAGCCCAAACAAACAAUAAAUGUCUCAAGAAUUCGGUGGCGUACCAAUCGCAUUUCCACGCUCACGUAGCGUUUGCGCCAUAACGGUGGCUUCAUGUUUAGCCUUUAUAAUAUUUUACUACUACUACGGUAGUAUUUUGACGCUUUCGUUACUUAUCAUCAUCAUUUUUUUCGGUUUCUACUAUUUACAAGACAUGGUGUUGUAUCAUCCUGAUCUCCCCGCGAAUUCCCGUGUUUAUGUACCCAUUCCUAAAAUGCAUAAUCUGCCACAUGAGACAGUCAAUAUACAUACACGAGAUAAAGUCACAUUGCAUGCCUUCUGGAUACCUCAGCCCAUGGAGCGUUCAAAGGCGGUAUCUACUUUCGUAUACUUUCAUGGAAAUGCAGGAAAUAUGGGUCAUCGGAUGCAAAAUGUUUGGGGAAUAUUUAAUCAUCUACACUGUAAUAUUUUAAUGGUGGACUACCGAGGCUAUGGAUUUUCGACGGGUGUGCCCUCAGAACGAGGUUUAACAACAGAUGCUCGUGCUGUAAUUGACUACUUGUACACACGAAAUGAUCUAGACCAUACCAAAAUAGUAUUAUUCGGUCGUUCACUGGGCGGUGCAGUAGUCAUUGAUGUGGCUGCCGACACUGUGUAUAGCCAAAAAAUUAUGUGUGCUAUUGUUGAAAACACAUUUACCAGCAUACCAGAUAUGGCGGUUGAAUUGGUGCACCCAUCAGCCAAUUUAAUACCAAGAUUUUGCUUUAAAAAUAAAUAUCUAUCAUCAUGGAAGAUUGGCAAAUGUUCUGUACCAUUUUUAUUCAUAUCGGGUUUGGCCGAUAACUUAGUACCCCCCCGUAUGAUGCGGACCUUAUAUAUGAAGUGUGGAAGUGAACGAAAGCGCAUACUCGAAUUUAUAGGGGGUGCUCAUAAUGACACCUGGAUUAUGGACGGUUAUUAUCAAGGUAUUCAACAAUUCCUACUUGAAUGUCAAAGUCUUUCGACAACGCCAUUAGAUAAGCCACCAGAAAAGAGUAACGUAUGGCAUGAAAUACAGGACGUUUAGCAAGCUUCUUCCGUCUGCGACAGAUGCAAUGCCGUUCAAAGUUCCACGUAUUCAGUUUAUUACACAAUGUUAUAACAAGCCACACUCACUUGAAUGUACUUUAAUCCCCUGUAUAAAAUUCCAAACUUUUGAAUUUACAAGCUUAUAAUUUACUUAAAAACUUUGUUGAGAAGCUCUUUAUGUGCUUCACAAACAUUACAACGCAUAGCUUUAAAACUUAAACUAAGUACUGUAUUAGAGCAACUCGUUCAAUUAUAAAACAGUAUGUACAGUUGCAUAUACAUAAAUGUUCAUUAUAGUAUGCAUAUUGUAAGCAAAUUUAUUAAAUUAUAAUUUCUAGUAUAUUUAAUACACGGAAAGCGAAAAUAAAUUAAAUGCAGCAACAUUAUAAAAAUUUAAA